AUGAUGAUAGUGUUUUUGUGCAUUUUUGUGUUUAUCACCAACGUGACUGGUAACCAAAAUAAUGACAGAAACAUGAAGAUAAUCAUAGAUAACGAUGCUGGUGGAGAUGAUGCCAUGGCUAUAUUUCUUGCUUUGUUAUACGAAAAACACUUUGAUGGGCCUAAAUUGGUUGGUCUCACAACUGGUAAUGGUAAUACCAUUGAAGACAAUGUAUACGUAAAUAAUCAAAGGAUUCUGAAAGUCGCCAAUAGACAAGAUGUGCCUUUAUAUAGGGGAUCAAAGUCUUCACUGGUGAUAACUCCAACCACCACAAACUUUUUUGGCGAAGAUGGCUUAGGAGAUUGUGGCUUAUACUAUGACGAUUUAGAGCCGGCAAAAGAACAAAGUGCAGUUUCAGCCUUAAUUGAACUUUCGAAGAAGUAUGAAGGAAGUUUAACGGUUAUAACAUUAGGAUCUCUAACAAACGUAGCCUUGGCGAUAAAAUUGGAUCCUGGGUUUCUAAAUAGACUUAAACAGUUAUACGUGGCGGCUGGACAUAUACAUAGUGAUGAAAAUCCAAUGCCCGAAUUUAAUGUACUCACUGACGUUGAGGCAUAUAAAAUUGUAACUCAAAAUGCAACUCCAGAUAAAUUGACCAUCUUUCCAUUCUCCCAAGUCCAGAGUUAUUUAAAUAUCUCUCGGACUUGGAGACAAGAAGUUUUGGGAGCUAUAGACACUGAAGUAAUGAGGGCACAAAAUUUGUUUGAAAAAAUAUCUCUGCAGUGGAGCGACCGUUGGCAAGCCCUCGACCCGGCAGCGGUUGCAGUUGUAAUAAAACCAGACUUAGUUAAAGAAUACAAGUAUUCGAAGAAUGGUAUAAAGACUUGUGGUGAUCAACGAGGCAUCAAUACAAAUGACUUCGUUCCUAUGCAAGAUGCAAAUGUAAGGUUAAUAUAUUCCGUCAAUGAAGAAGAGUAUAAGGAAUUUUUGUUAAAUGUAUUUUCAAAACAUGCAUGA